UCCAAAUUUCAAGUUCUCUAACAUACAUACUUGAUUUUUAAUUGAUUUUCAAAAUAUUAGCGUUUAUCAACAUUUCUUAAAUUGUGUCUUAAUUUUUUUGUUGUAACGUAAUUAUUUCCAAUGUAAUUUGCUCCAAGAUACAUCCGUGAAUAUUUUGUAAGUCAAUACUUUGCUUAUUAAACACAUCGUAAAGCAAUGGUUUUGAUAUAUUAAGUACUAAUAUUGUCCAUAUACCGAUGAAUUGAAAGUUAUCUACUGUUACAUACAUAUAUACUGUUUAAAUACUAUGCCUGUAUAUCUUUUAUUUUGGAUUAUUUCUCCCAAUUUGUUGAUACCUAUUCAGACAAAUUUUCUUUGUGUUAAAAAAUUUUAAUUAUCUGCAUUGAUAUUCUCAAAAGUAGAACAAUGACCUGUGACAUGAAUUGGCUAUAUUGUCCUUUGAUAAGGAGCUAAUAUAAAUAUAUGCUUAAAUUACUUCAUUUACAUUGCCAACAAAAACAAACUUUCUGAUAGUAUGAUUAAAAUGAAAUUCUAAACUUAAAGACUGUGUUACUAUUAGUAUUUUGAUUAUUGACUUUGUAUUAACAACUGAUUUUAUGUUUUAAGGUUGCUUAUGUAAAAUGGAGGAGGAUGAAUUGAAAUAUGUCAUGCGCCUUCUUGAUGAUCUCAGUGAUGCAAUAUUGGAGGAAAUAUUAAAAUUUCAUGAUGAAGUUGAAAGAAGAAUACCACACUCAGAAUUUUCAAAGGAAACAUGGGACUUCUUUAAAAUUAACCUAAAAAACAAUCCUGUGACAACGUCUAAAAUAUUAAUGUACAUACAAGAACAAUCUCAAAAUGAAACUGUCAUAAACAAUAUUCAAAUUAUUUAUUUGGAAAUUUUAAAAGUAGAACUGUCUGAAAAUAACUGUUCAGAUAAAUUAAUUACAUUAAUAUCACUUAUAAAGUGGAAGGAGAACUUCGUGGACAAAUUCAUACACCAGAUCCUAAUACACUUAACUGAGGAUGGCUUUAGACAGUACAGGAAACAAAUUCUACUGAGCCUUCUACCACAUGACAAACCAUAUUUGUUAAGUGUUGCAUCUGAGGCUAUGCAAAGAAAUGAACCACAAAAGGAAUUCAAAUUAACUCCAGAAUAUAUGCUAGAGCUAUGCUAUCAAGACAAGAUACAUUGGUUACUUAAAGCAGCAGAGGUAUACAAACAUCAACUACUUGAUAUGGAGAGUGUAACAUUCAAAAUAAACAAUUUUACAAAACAAAUACUUAUUAUGGUACUCAUAGACUUGACUAAUAGUGCUGAGACAUAUGAUUUAUCAUCAUUAGUUCAUCAACUUACAAAUAUUUUUUCCAUUCUUGAUACUUACACUACAUCUGAUGAUCAACUUCAAUUCUAUUUAACAGAAAUUAAGAGGGAAUUGACUGUUAUCAAAUUUUGCUUGGAGAAUAAUUGUAAAAUAAUGACCACUUGCAUAUUCAGUCAAGUUCUUUCUCAGAGCGCAUUGACAGUUAUUUCACAAGUUUGUAGGCUCUCUAAAAUUGACAGAUAUAAAGUAUCAAGACUCCUUAAUAUUAAUAAUGAUUUUAUGAAUGAAUUGGUGACUUUAAGCAGUAAAAAGGAGGUUAAAAAAAGAGAAUCUAAUUCUAUUAAUUGGGAUGUUCUCACUUAUAACAGUUAUUGUGCUAUUACCAAAGUAAUAGAUACCAUAUUGAAUUCGUCAGAAGGUGCAGAUGAUCCUCAAGAAACUUCUUCAUCAUUAGAGGAUGUAAAACGGCUAAUUUUAUCACUACAACCAUUACAAUAUUGUGUAGAAGUUAUUGAAAACAUAUUCUCCUGUCUGUUUCUGAGAUAUGAGUUUUUUUCAUGCUAUGAGCAAACUCAGGAAUUUCCUUGUGGUACACACUCCGAAUGUUCUUAUUUUUAUUCAAAGAAACAGACCAAGAGUCCAAAAUACAUCAGCACCGACAAUGUAGGCUUUAUUUGCAAUGCUUUCACAAUGCAAAUUGUGUUGAAUACAUUAAAAUUAUGCCUAGAAAAGAUUGAUGAUGACUUAGUGGUGGAGGAUAUAGACCCUGAUAUGGUAGCACGAUUUAAAAAUCUGAUUAAGAUUGUCAACCAUUCUAUGUGGAAAUUACAACUUGUAUCAACUUUAUCACCGGAAACAAAUCCAUUGCAACUGAAGCUGUGUCUUGAUUAUGUCGAAGUUGAUGGAAGUAGUGAAGAGGAAGAACAUGAAUAUGAUGUAAAGGCUUUACGUAAAAAGACAAAAAAUAGGCGAAAGCAUAACUCUAAGCAAGAUGUUGAUCAUGCCAUGCUUACAUCUACUAUAUCGGCUAAUGAAGACGCUUAUCUUGGAAUGAAAGGAAAUAGUAUUGACUUCAUAUCAACAAUGCUUUCUCAACCAAAUUGUUUAGUUGCAUUGGCACUCUUUAAUAAUGACUUUUCUAAAGCCAACCAAAUUCUAGAGAUGUUCGAUUUGGCAGACUCUGAAAUUGCAACAGAAGUAACUUUCACGGAACAAUUGAGACAUUUAGUAGCGAAAAUAAAAAAUAUAAUUUACUAUAGAGACGACACUCGUUAUGCCACGAAGGAAUUGUCAUCGUUAUCAGUCGUCUCCACCGAGGUCAUGGGUCUCGUAGAAGGAUUCCUCGCCACAAAUAGAGCCCCUAAUUCAUUUGAUAUUUUAGAACUCGCGACACGACAUCCGCACUUGCAAUUAUAUAGCCAUCAAAAUGCUCCUUUUAUUAAUGCUGUAGAUAUCUUACUUAGCAGCGGUCUUAAUAGAGAAAUAACAUAUGGUCUUAUUAAUGUUGUAGAAAGGAAACUCGCCGAAGUGAGGAACUGCACCGAUGUUACUGCGGUAAAGAAAAACAAUUAUAUUCGUUUUGUUGAAGACGUUGCUAGCGUCACCUUUGAAAUAUUUGGCAAUACAGAUAAAUCGUUCGAUUUCGUAGAUAACAUAUGUGGACUAAUUGUUGAUUGUAGAAUUCCAUUAAAACACAAGGAAUUUUGCAAAAUGAAUCAACUUGCUAAGGAGUUGAGACAGUCUUGUGAUGAUUUAGUCGAUGUUGUUAAUAUUACGGAAUCAGUAAAUAUAGACCAAAAUUUACUCCAAAAGUAUCAUCAAACAUAUAUGAACGUCGUCGCCGCUUCUGAUAAAGACAUUUGUAACGUUGGUGAGGUGUCAUGUCACGGUAAUAAGAAGUCCAGAAUACCUUACUUGAGGAUGUGUUAUAUGUAUUGCAAAACCGUUUCACAGUUAGAGCAAGAAGAAAAUCAGUCCUCUGAUACUUCUGUGGAUUUACCCUACUUUUUUGUAUUAGGUAAACAAUUACACGAUGUAUUCGGUAACAUGAUUAACAAAAACGAGAUACCUGUUACAAAUUUAGAACCGAUAUGCAAGAAAUUGAAUGUUAACUUGAUCCCAAAACUAAUUUUAAACUUUUGCCCAUCGAUAACUUUGGCGAGUUCACAUAAAGAAGCGACAGAAGAAAACUUCAAUAAUCUUCUACAAUAUGUAUAUGAAUUCAGGAAUCCAGAGGAAAAUUUAUUCUUAGACCCAGUGGCGAAUUUUGCACCGUUACCGCGUUCACCUGAUCCACAGUGUCUUACCUAUAUUAUUCUUCAUAAUUGGGUUUUGGCACACAUAAUCAAGAAAAUUCACACUACUUCUAAUGAAAACAGUUUACAGCAAAGUAUGGAUGCUCGUACGAAAGCACUAAAUAAUUACAUGGAGUUAGAAAGAUUCAAUUGCUUGAAAGUAUUAUUUGACGGUAAUAAAUAUCUAGCUUCACUUCACACGUCGAUAGAUCUGGAUAAACUCUUUGUAUAUAUGCCAAAACUAAUAGGUGCAGGGAAGAUUCUGAAGUGUUUAAAUAUUAUAGAGAGUUUGUCAGAAACACAGCAAAUGUGUAGUGCUAAUUUGAGCAAUUUGAGAGAUUUGAUCCUUUUCAAACUUGCGACUAAUUCUAUGAUCAGCAAUAACUGGAGAUACUGUCAGUACCUAAAAUGUCCUGAAUUAAAACUUAACUUGAUAUUAAAUAAUCUUAAUAGCUGGUCAGCUGAAGGGGCAAUGGAAAUAUUAGAUUAUUUGAGAUUUCUUUUAAAUCAAGAAGUUUUGGAAGAAGGUUUUUAUGAAAAGUGUACAGACUGGAUGAUUAAAAUACCUCUAUAUAGUCAGAUAGCUUCCAUAAUGGGAGCAAACCAUUGGUACGAUGUUUACGAAAAGUCUAUGGAAAAUCCAGAAAAUAUUAUCGAACUUCUUUUGGACAGUCAACAGUACAAACUUUGCUUGGAAUGGGCAGACGUACACAAUGUUUCCGAAAAUGUGAAAAACCUUAUUGUGAAAAGCCUCUUGCAACAACUUUUCGAAUAUACCAAUCAAGCGACUCCUGAAUUUAUUCAGGAACUAUUACGGAGACUUCCGAUGAACCAAGCUAUGGAUCUUAUUCAGGAAGAAAUGUCAAAAGUUAGAAACGUUGAAAUACUUCAAGUUUGUAUUGAAUUUAUUUCGGAAAACUCUUUUGAUUGGAAAUUAUUUGAAAACAUUAAAAUAGGACUUCAAAUAAUGGUUGAAAUUGAUACGAACCUUCGUCAUUUAUUUUGGGAUCUAAUCGAGAAGCCAUUAUUAAUGAUAGAGCAGUUCUUAAUGAACGCCAAACUGGACGUACUGGCUAAUAUAAUUAAUAAAAUAUGGCCAAAUUUAAAAAAAGAUCCUAGUGGUGACAAUUUAUAUUAUAACAUUAAAAUUAUAGAGAGUGUUAUAAUUUCGAAGAAUGCGGUUGAUGCCUUGUUAAGGUUUUAUGCGGAGAAAGCUUUGGAUAUGAAGAAUCCUCUAAACGCUUGUCCUGUUCCGCCGAAGUUUAUGGACGACUCUUUGCUACAGUCAAUUGACUCUAUUAACAUCGAAUCAGCUAAUAAACCAUUCAUCAUGCCGGAGCAGGUACCGACCAAAGAACAAUGGGCGGAGGACUACUCUACCGAUCGGUGCAUGUUAUGUCGCACAUCUAUAUUCUCAAUGAUUAUCCGUCGACAUCAUUGCCGGCGAUGUGGAAGACUUGUGUGCCAUGCCUGUUCUAGCCGAAGAAUGCAGGUGCCGACAUAUCCUAGUGGUGUAAAAUUCAGGGUUUGCAACGAUUGCUACACACAAACAAUGACGAAAAAAUCAAGUUCAGAAUAUGACAAUGUAUUGUUAAGCAGUAACUCUGACUCUGCUGCUAGUGGCACUACUUGCAUGGACUGGUGCCUCUCUGCAAAUUCUGGUAGGAAUGAGGCAGUGAGAGCCGAGUUCAACUAUGAGUUUACACCAAACGUUACCCUAUGCUUGAGUAUCAUGAAGAUGCAUUCGAUUAAUUUGGAUUACCCUAGGUUCCUCUUAGACCGUAGCGAUGAAGUUGCGCGUGAGUUGUCAAGAGGUGGCGACGCGCGGCUGUUGGUUCGCGCUCGGCGAUCUCUACUCCUUGCCGCUGCCGAAUUAUAUUCAAGGACACCGCAGGAGAAAAAUGGCGCGGGAAACAUCAGUCGUUUGGCGGAAACGGGAGCGGCGCACGCGACACGGUGUCUCGCUCACGCCGAUGCCAUGGCCACCCUGGUAAAACACCAGGCCCAUCACCUCAUACCGCAGCAAGGCGCGCACCCAAGUCAAAUAGUACGAUCCCUAUUAGAGGCCGAGAAAUGGGAAUUAGCUCUAGAAAUAGCAACAAAAUCUGGACUUCCUCGAAACAGCGUACUAGCUGCUUGGGGCAAAGCAUGUUUGAAGGCUGGCUGUUUCAAACAGGCGCGUGAAAAGUUCGCUCACUGCUUUAAGAGCACAGUUAAUGUUUACGUAGAAGAUGACUGCGAGUUUGGGAAAGAGGCUUCAGAAUCCCAUUUUAUGAAUAGGAGAGUUCAGAGUCUAAGGUAUUCUGAAAGAUCAAGUUCAUCGGUGUCGAGUGUACAAUCGGAUGGGAGACCACGAACUAAUCCGCCCUUAUUAAAUGAGAUCGUCAACAUGCUGGAGAAUAUGAACUAUCCAGUAAACCAGCAGCUCUUGAAUAAAGCUGAGACAAUAAAGACUACCAACGAAAAAUUGACGUCAUUAAACAUGGGGAAAAAGAAAAUACAGCUGACAGAACCUGCUCUUAAUAUAAUGCACACUUUAGCUAGUGUCAAAAAAAUCAAACAAGGUGAUUACAGUGAUUUCCAAACAGCAUUUUUACAACCUAAAAAAAGUCUUGCUCAGGGUCUACUGCGGAGGAACAACAACCACUCCGAGCCCAAAACAGAUCAAAACUAUAAAAGGCUCGACCCGUUCUUCUAUAAAGAAUGUGUAUAUUAUCUCACUAAUUAUGGAUCUCAUGUAGCCAAUAUAGCAUUUUAUUUGAAACACAGCAAUAUGACAGAAGUUAUCACUUAUUGCUAUGACAAUUUCGUGGAGAAGGAGACUUUUACAGAGUGUGUUUAUAUGGAAUGUUUGAAAAAGGAUCGCGUGAAUGAACUGUUGAAGGCUAUGAGCGAUAUGGACAGCACACUGGAGAUGUGGUCGGAGUAUAUAAUGCAUAUAUGCCGCACUCUUGAAAUGAGUAAGCGUCUGGAAGCGUUAUACGCGCUUCAGUGUGGUAGUGGGCAGCACGCACGCGCGUCAGCCACGUGUGCACUGUUGUACUCACGCCCCACGGCCCGCGGGCCCACGCCCUUCGCCGCCCUCCACGCCCGGCAGCAUCAUCUCAACGCGGCCCUGCAUCACCUGGGCCAGUGCGUGCCCGUCGCAGUCAGUGAGUAUACUUGUCCACUCUUCAUGCCUAGCAGCGUCACCUCAGUACGGCCCCCACCUGGGCCAGUGCGUGCCCGUCGCAAGACAAACGAUCCGAAAUCGCUUAACUUCAACUUGGAUAAAGCUACCAUAGACAAUCUGAUGACAACUAUAACACGUCAGAUGGAGCUGACCAAAUAUCUAGCCGCCUGUGAGGCAAGCGGCCGCCUUACAGAAAAGGUUCUGAAUGAAGUGAUACCAGUCCAGAGCGGUCGCCGCGAUGACAACAAUUUCAGACCGGUGACACUGUUUGGAUCAACGACAGAUAAAAUAAGACUUGUGGCGGUCGUGCUAGCAACAGGACAGUCUAUAGAAGCUGGAUUCGAAUUGGCUUUCAAGAUCAUCACAGAACAUAAGCUCGAUUCAAUGAAUAUAUACACCCACGUUGCUAGGUAUCUUGUCCAAUCCGACAGAUUCAUGGAAGUUAAAACACUAGCGAAAUGUAUUCGAUCGUCAAAAGAAAUCGCUGCGAAUUUGAUGAGUGACCAAGUAUUGCAAGCGGGCGUGACGGCCGUGGUAACUCAGUGCGAAGCACGCGGUCAGCUACACGACGAGCAGGCAGAGAUACUCAUCGCAGACAUACAUAGCGUCACCAUCAAGAUAUCAUGCUAUUUGACUUGCCGGAACGUGAGCAGCGCCUACAUUCUCGCAGCUCGCAACGAUCGCACCAACGAUCUUCGCCGGGUAUUACAAGAGUCCGAGAGAUUAGGCAAUGACCAUGUAAGAAACGCCUGUAUCAAGCGGCUCACCUCAAAGAACGUCCUUUGAUGGAGAAUUAUGUUUAAAGCGAUUUGAUUUGAUGAUGCACGAUGCUUGAGAAUGGAUAAUAGGAUCUAGUUAUAGAGCGAAAACGCACUGCGCUCUUAAUAUUUUUAUAGGAUUUUCCAAUUAUACUUAUCCCAUAAAGCAUACAGUUCUGUUUUAUAGCAAUGAUGAUGAGAAAAAUACAGUGGCGGAAAUUUUGUACUAACUACAUUACAAUAUCAUUACUAAAGGCACUAUCACACUGAUGUAUGUCCCACUGUAAAACGUUAGUACUGGAAUUUCUUUGUUUUCUGAAUGCAUAAGCUUAAAGGUAUGAUUCCAAACUACAUUGCACGUAGCAGCAGUACUGCCGUAGCAAAGCCGCUGAAGUACUACUGGUCCCUUAAAUUCUACUCCUGGGCGUUAUGCUACGCCGCCAAAGUAGAUCAGUAGUGGCGCGUACACAAACGACAAUACUCUCUAAAUAUUUCCUUAUCAUUUAACAGUUAACUUAUAAAACAUUGUCGUCUUGUUCAGAAUAAGCGUGAUGCACAGUUGAGCUGCAGAAGUGCUGCAGUAGCAGAACUGUAUUAAAAAAAUUUUUUUAAAAGUUAUUUGGAAAUCAUUUGUCAACAAG